CAGCUCACGCUCCUCUGCCCUCCCUCUCUGCCCCUGCCCAUUUGGGUGCACAGAUAUAAACCCUCCAGUCAAUAUGUUUCCUUUGGGGGAUUGGAAGGUUUGCCUGGAGGGGGCAAAUGGCUCUUGUCUCAUCCCAAUGCUUUCUCUAGACACGGAGCAAGGGUAUUUCCUGGCGGCUGCUCCUGGUGAGCUCACACCGUGGGCACUCCUUCGGAGCUAGAGCAGCAGGGCUGGUUGCUGCUCCAGCUUUGCUAGAAACCUUGGAGCUCCCAACGCUUCACCUCACAACAGCGCUGGUCCGUCGAAGGGAACACAGGUGGCCCAACAAUGCCGAGCAUAUUUUCCUAUGAGAGCGCUGAAAUCGACUGGUGCGAAGGCAACUUUGAGCACUCGGCCAUCAUUGCAGAGUACUACAACACUAUCAGCAAUGUAAGCUUCUUCAUCCUUUCUCCAGUCUUGUUCUACCUGAACCAGCAGUACCGUCAGCAGCGUGCCUUGCCCUUGUAUGUUGUCUCUGUCCUGUUCUUGUGCAUAGGUAUCUUCUCCACAUACUUUCACAUGACACUGAGCUAUGUGGGACAACUCUUGGAUGAGCUCUCCAUCCUCUGGGCGCUGGCUGCGGCAUAUUCCUUUUGGUACCCAAAGGUUUACUUCCCCAAGUUCAUCAAGAGCAGGAAGCAUUUCUUCUGGCUGAGCGGUGUCACCACCUUGAUUACCACCUUGAUGUCCUUCAUCAAACCAGCCUUGAAUGCCUACGUGCUCAACUGCAUCGCCUUCCACCUGCUGUACCUGACGUGGCGUGAGCUAAAAAAGUGCAAUGACAAGCGGGUUCACCGGACAGCUGCAGCCAUGGUGGUGUGGUGGGUCCUGGCCAUCAGCAGCUGGAUAAGUGACAGAUGGCUCUGUGGGUUCUGGCAGGCGAUUAACUUCCCCUACUUCCACAGCUUCUGGCAUGUACUGAUAGCUAUGUCCCUCCUGUACUGCUGCCCACUGGUCAUCUACUUCGACGUCAACUACGAGCUGCCAUCAUUCAAGCCAAAGAUAAGAUAUUGGCCCAGCGACUCUUGGUUUGUCGUGGUGCCUUACGUUGCCCUGGAGAAACCCUACAAGCAAUGCUAGAGCCGGUUGCCUUCAGGCACCCCUCCAGCAUCGGGCGUGUAAUGCACACAUGUGCGUCUGCAUGGGGAACACUUCGGCUGUGCCCCUGUUCCUCAGGCAAGGGUAAUGUGGCUCGCAGAUGGGGCAGGGAGCAGCAGAGGCCUCGUGAUGCUGGCAAUGAAGCAGAGUGGGAGACCACAGGUGCUUUGGAAGACCCUGCCCAGACUGGCAUCCAGGGAACUCCUCCAGCAGAUCCCCACUGAGAAGGGAAGGGAGACGGUGCUUCUUCUGUGUCUUCUGCUUUAGUCAAGAAGCAGCACCACUUGCUGACAAAGGCAUGGUGGUGAACACAGAAGCCAAACUGGUGACAGCUGGGUUUAUCAGGGCUGCUCUAAAUAUUGUUAUGAUUAAUUUUAUUUAUUGAUGUAUGUGGUCUUGCUCAGGAGAGCUUUGCAUUAAAGCUAU